GUUUGUGCGGUCCUGCAUUCACCUUGCUGUCGACCUAUCGGAUGGGAAAAUAACACACGAUGGUUGUGAUCAGCUGUCUACGUCCCUCUGCGCGGGGACUAAAGGCCGUUUUGCCGGUCUUAAGAUGUUCACCACCGACAAUUUCAGCUUCAAAACAAGUAGGACCAGUUAUCAUGUCGUGCAGAGGGGGAGCAGGCAGGGCUAUGCCGAUGAGGACUGGUCUAUACUUGGAUCGACUGUGGAGAGAUGGUGUGCAAUUCUUCCUCGUUUUGGGAACCAUACCAGCUCUAGGGAUUAUCACUUUAUCCAACCUGUUCAGCACUCACGGUGAAUUAACGGAUUUACCUGAGGAUCAAAACCCUCAAACCUGGGAAUAUCACAAGCAUCCCAUCACCAGGUUUAUAGCGAAGUAUAUCGUGCGUUCGCCAGAGAAGCUUUACGAAGUCCACAUGGCAAUGAUGUACGAACAGGACCAGAAGAGAAGAUUAAGGUUACUUGAGCGCCAGGUGAAGCGUGUGAUGUUGGACAGACAGGAUGUUCGUGGUUGGUAUUACUUCCAGGGUUCCACCGAUAUCAAACAGCAAACUGCCGAUGAAGAGGAUCCUCCCGGUACUCCUUUCUAAGAUCUUUAGUGACUUAUAUGCAAGUGAGCGAAUGUGUGUGUGUGUGUAAUAAUAUUGUUUGUUUGCAUUUCAUCUAGCCAAUUACUUGGUUCUUGAGACGAAAGGUUUGAAAUUGUGAACAUGUCUAUGGACAAAAGUUUCCAAAUAGACUCGAUUCUUUCAAAGUUUUUUGAUGCUUUGAAUAUACCAGAUAAUUUUUCAGACUCAAAAUGCAUUACCCAGAAUGAAAAUUAAGAAAUAAGUUUCUUCUUAUGUGCUUUGAGGGUAAUAAACUGUUGUAGAAAUUUUA